UGUAGGUUUCGUUUUUAGGCGCGCUUUAGGUAACCCGUGCGGACACAAUGUCUGUGGACAAUUUUAGGAAGCUCGUCGGGGAAUGGUGGCUCUGGAGACAACAAGGAAGUGUUUUUGGAUGAAUUGGGAGUGUUUGGGGUGGAGGAAAUCACUCCCAGUUGCCUAUCGAAGCUGAGCGAGUUAUGUCUCGUUUACGAGUCGGCACCCGAGAUGAUCGCCUCAUCAUGGAUUGCUUUCAGCAUUAAGAAGGGCAUCCACGUUGGCGAUAUGACCGUGGCACUGCUAGAUCAAAUGGAACAGGAGGUUUUAGCCAAGGACAACUCAAAAUAUUCUGCUAAGACGCCGGUUUCGAGAAAAACUGUGCCGAGGAUAUUCACUGCCAACUCAAACAGUAAUAAUUAUGAUACUGGUGAUGAAAUCCUGGAAAGCUAUGGUGCCAGCAAAGAGAGCUUGAAGAAGCACCAAAGAACUCCUGAAGUGCCUGUUAGUAAGCGCUUCGCGUCGUCCAGUGGGAGCCCCUCCGUUGUCUUCUCACCUGCAUCUUUCUCUCCAAAAUGUAUAAACCAGUCUGUAAAGUACUCAUCACGUUCUACGUCGGGCGGUGUAGUUGCACACCUAAAUAACCACGAAAAACCCGUGUGGACAUGUAGCAAUGACCUCGAUGUGCAAGUCUGUCUAGCCUACGCUGGCUCUGUUUGCAAGCCUGAUGUCAUGUACAUGUUCGAAAAGAUGAAGGACAAAGCUGGGUGCCUAUGGGACUCUGCCAGUGACCUGGCAGAGUACUACCAGAAGGAAGAGAUGGAUGAGAAAGAAGCCUUUGCAAACAUUUCUGAACUCAUUCUGGAGGACAGUUUUGUCACAGGAAGAGUACUGUGCGAUAGCUGUGGAAAGAUGAAUGCAAGUUCGCUGAUCCUCGAAGGUAGUGAGACCAGCAACGGUCAGUCCGUCAAGCUGGACGUUUCCAAGUUGAAGCAGUACUCGCUGUUUCCUGGUCAGGUUAUUGUUGGCAAGGGAACCAAUCCAACUCAGAAAACCCUCAUUCUAAAGGAGUUGUUUGAUGUCAAAAUGUUGCCACUUUCCAACCAGUCACCGACUCUGAAAGGACCUCUGCAUUUGGUGAUUGCCGCCGGACCAUACACGACGUCUGACACCCUCAGCUUUGAGCCGUUGGCCGACUUCACAUCCUACAUCAUCAAGCAUCAGCCUCACAUUUGCAUUAUGAUGGGACCAUUUGUGGACAGCCGCCACGAGUUGAUUCAGAAAGGAAACUUGCCCGAUACGUAUGAAACAAUAUUCCAAAACCAAAUUGAUGCAUUGGCUAAUGCAUUACAAAAGACGAGAACACAAGUGGUGUUGGUGCCGUCUAAUCAGGACGUACACCACGACUACGUCUUCCCAACACCACCAUUCAGACUUGGAAAGAAAUAUGAGAAGAUCACCUGUGCCCCUGACCCUUGCCUUCUUGACAUCGGUGGAUACAUUGUUGGGGCUACCAGUGUAGAUGUACUGAUGCAUUUGGGAAGGGAGGAGAUAUCCUUCUCUCCAAAGCUGUCCGACAGACUGUCUCGUCUUGCAAAGCACAUCCUGUCUCAGCAGAGUUUCUACCCGCUCUAUCCGCCCUCCGAGGAUGUAAACGUUGAUCUGUCUCAUCUCGACGAUAGUGGUCGUUUGACCGUGACUCCGCACUUGUUAGUGUUGCCAUCUGAUCUCAGAGGGUUCGCCAAGGACGUGGAUGGUUGCAUCUGCGUGAACCCAGAGCAUCUGACAAAAGGCGUCGUCGGAGGAUGUUUUGCCCGUGUUGUGGUGAACCCUAUAGACCAAGAGAUGUACACUGGAAGUAUGGCUGCCAAGACAAUAGUUGAAGUAAUCCGGAUAUGAAAAAAAAGUGGGGGGAGGGACUGCCAUUUCUUUUUUUUUAUAAAUAUAUAUUUUCGUAUGAAACCAGUAAGCAUCCUUCUUUGAACUUUUGGUAGCUGGCUUACUCAAAGCUACCUUUCUCCACACAGACACACACUAUUAAAUUCAGAGGAGUUUUUUUUUUAAUGUCAUUUGCAUAGACUGCACAAACAUGUCCAUGCAUGAGAAACAAGUGGAUAAACUAUUAUUCAUGCUAAAGCAUUCAAAGAGUCCAUUGCUUUAAGAAGCCUGGUGUUGGUACCCCAUGGUGUUUGCCCUACAAUGUGUUCUCACCAUGCAUCAGUGGAAUACUAGAUUGUAUUAAAAUCAUGAGAUAAACUCA